CUAACAAAAGGUUAAAUAUUUCAUUUUGACAUUGACUAAAGACUAUUUGACGAAUGAGGUCCUGAGAAUGUAUCGUAAUGCGCCAAUUGGGCUACUGAGCUUAGACUUCAACAGUGAGCCGGAUCAGGAGCACACGAUGCUUGGUCGGUCACGUGAGUGCGUCAGACAUUUGUAAACGUGGCUCAGCAAAGAAUUCACGUUAUGCGUAUACAAUUUUCUUUUGGUUUAACGUUUUUGAAGUUCCAAAGAUAAAUUAGAACUAUAUAUAUAUAUGUAUAUAUAUAUACAUAAUUUUUAGAACUAUAUUAGUUGCAUUCAGAAUCGUAUUAUAUCCUUAGGGGAAGGCUCUUAUAUGUAAAACAUAUGUAGAAUUUACUUACUAGUUAAUCCAAAACUCUAAGCUGAUCAUUGAUCAAGUAUAUAUCUUUUGCUAAGAAGAUAUUUUACAGAAAUCUUUGGUAUUACGCUACUAGCAAACAAUGUAAACGUUAUUCAAGAAAACGUAAUCUCAUUCAUUUUCGAAAUUAAGUUGUACUCUUAUUUGUAGUUGAUGUUAAACAAAAUAUUUGACUUUUAUUCAAGAAAGCUUGAGCAGCUUCUUGGGUCAACGUAAUUUGACUUUUUGAUGUGUGUGAGAGUCAAAACAUCCUUUUCCAAUGCUGUUUCAUAUAUUUGCGGAUCAUUAAUGAGUUAAAAUUCAAUACGUCUAAAUUACUCUAAACUGUUAAAAUAAAAGGGUCUCGAAAGCCGAUAAUAGUGAUGAUAGAAACUGCAAUUUUUUUUUUUGUGGUAAAAUGUUAAUAUUGAAGUUCUUUGACUAGUUUUCCCUAAGUAUUUAAAAUAUCAUUAACACUACUAUCAAUUUCUUUUUAUACACAGGGGAAUGUAUUAAAUUUGAUUUAGUUUCGAGACCCUUUUGAUUUGGGUGCUUUUAUCUGUUUAUCCCUCCCUGUUUGUUCCAUAAUUUCUAAACCCAAUUGGGUAAGCUGCGUGGAUCAUGGGGGUUACGCGUAAACUUGGGCCGGGCGAUUGGACUUCAGAUUUAUUCCAAAAACUUUUAUUCUUUAACUAACCAUCUCAACUAAAAAGUUAUGAUUAUGCAUGAAAAUAUCAAUAAACUUUAAAUCAAAAUUUUCUCAAGCUUUUCUUUUGGAAAUCAACAAAAUUUUCAAGUUAUCAUGCUAUUCAUAUGAAAGCAUAAGUUAUACAUGAUCUGACAUAAAUAUCUUUGGGCACAACCGUAAUUUACUAGUAGUAGUUUAUGUAGUUUAAAAUGAAACUCAAGGUACUUAAUUGACACAUUUAAAUACUAAAUUGUUGAUGUAUCAUGAUAGUUAUACAUACGAUGAUUUUGUUAAUGAAUUAAACUAUGUUUUCCCAACGAGAAUAUUACUACCUUUGAAUGCUACUAGUAAUAACUUAGAAUGCAUAAACCCAUAACAUUUUACAUAACUUGCAAUUAUUAUUUUGAACUAAAGAAGCUUCAUCUAUUUGGUUAAAUAUACUUUUGCUUAUGUGUAUCGGUUCGUCAUGGAACAUUGCCGAUUAUAUGAUAGAUUCAUCCUAAAAUAAAUUAUAAUAAUAUGAUAUUCAAUAAGUUGGUUCAUGCACGAAGACAUAACUUUUGAGUCUAGGUUUACCUUGUCCCCAACCUCGAGAGAGCCCUUGCACUAGUCGUAGUGGCCACAACAAAAGGUAUUCUAAUUCUUCUUCAGUCUUAACCACACAAUAUAUAUUUUUCAGGAUUAUUAAUCUACAAAAAGAAUGACUAUUUUCAAUUUGCUUAUUAUUCGCUUACUGGUGAUUUAAGAUGGAAGAUCCAUCUCGCUUUUAAAGAUUGUUGGAUUUUUGGAAAAAGUUUUUGUUAAUUUUUGUUCUCAAUAUUUGAUUUAGGCUCUAAUUAACUUUAAACUGUAAAUCAGGCUUUAAUAUGAAAUGAUUGAUUUCUAAAAGUUAAUACAAAGCUAUUAUGCGUUUUGAAAAUUUCAAGAAAAGUAGUAUAGAUGUAGUCAUAUUAUAACAUAAUUUUUGUUUAAAAAAUGCCUCAAAAAUGUUAACAAAACCACAUGCAACAAAUUUAAUUUAUUCAUGUACGAUUUUUUUAAACGGUUUAAUCUUUGUAUAUAGAUAAUAACAUGAAAAACAUAAUCAUUUGCUGUAAUUACUCUAGCUAAUAUAUACAUAUAAUUCAGUCUUUGCAGUGGUCGGAUUCAAAGUCAAUAAUAUAUACCGAGUCAGAUAUAAACUACUUAUAGUAGCAGAAUCGCAAUCAUUAUUUUAUAAUGACGAAGGGAAAGGAACCCAGGUAUAACAUAAAAGAGAUGGAGAGAGAAGAAAGAGAACUGCUCCAUACAGCUGCAUUGUAGACUAAAAUAAAGUUUUAAAUAUGUACGGGCACAUAGAGGAUCGAAUCCACGACUAGGAGCAGCCAAAAAAGGCUAACUAAUGUAUUAUUUUUUAAAAAAUAUACAAAAAGAAAAUUAGCUAUAGAUGUAGUAGUAGAUCCACUUUGUGACUAUGAUCAUGAAUUAACCAUCAUCUAGAUACAUCGGACAUGUCGUUUUCUUUUUUUUUUACAACUGACUUAACGUUAAUUGUAGAUAUUUUGAUCCUAAAUCACAAGGAUGCAUGAAUCAUCAGGAAAACCCACGUGACAAAUAGCUUAAUAGGUUAACAAAAAUCAAUUUGAGUACUAGUGUCAGUAAAAUAAUUGAAUUAACGGGUGAAAUAUACUAUGGAAUGUUCACUCUUACGAAGUCCUCUCAUAGAAGAUUCUUCUUCUUUUUUAAUAAAGAGUCGUAGAAGUUUCUUAAUGAUAGUGACACACUCUUGUUAUUCUGAUGGAACUCUACCGAGGAGUUUUGUGGACCUAGUUAACUGAUACUUGUUGGCUCAAAGCUGAUGCCCGUUUUGUAGUUAUAAGAUUCUAGAGUAUGUAUAUUAUAGGUUGUGGAUUUACGUUUUAAAGGUUGUAGGUUGAGUUGUUUUCCGAAGACGUCAUGAAAAUGCAAAGAUCAUAAGCCCAAACAAACUCAAGGGCCGAUUCAUCUGUGAGUCUGCAAAUAAACUAAAGAUGGUGAUAAUAGUAGAUCUGAAAAAGUUACUAAACCUAAAAAAAAAAGUUUUUUAGUUCUGUGACUAGAAUGUUAAUUUGACAAAAUAACUGAUAAUUUUUCUUUGUUAAUGUUAAAUGAUAUUAUAUAGUAUUUAUACGGUUAAAUGUAUUUUGAUUAUAAGUUUGAAUUUUGCUUUUGUAUACAUAUUUAACAUUUGUAUAGAUAUCAAAUGCAACGAUGAUAAGUUAGUCUUUUAAAAUAAUAAUCACAAUAUGUAAAUGAUACGCAAGUCUGAGAUGCUUAAUUAGUAUAAAAUCAAAUUGCAAUACCUUUUGUGUUGCGUUCACAACUUAAAGAUACAAAAGACCAUUUAUAAAAUAUAAUAUUUUAUGUUCAGAAAAAAUAAAUAUAAUAUUUUAUCAAAUGUGAACAUAAUUAAUUUAGAAACUAAGCCAUUCAUACCAAAUGGAAUUGAGGUAUCGAUCUUAAAAGACCAAGCAGACACUUUAGACUCCGCGAUUACUUGGUUUACAAUCUCGCCCUUCAAGACACGUGGAAAAAGUGUAUAAACAUGGUCCAACGAGAACUUCUGAGUCGGUUUUGAGAGUCAACCCACGUGUGCACUAUCAACUAUCAAGUCAACCAUAUUCCAAGUGGACCUACCCAUUAACCAUGGUUCCCUCUUUAUAUAGUUGCACCAUAUAUUUUUGGUAACAAAAAAUCUUGCUACUGUUGCUGAAAAAUAACCUAUGAUAUUGUUUAAUAUAAUUUUAAAAUACUGCCUAAUUUUUAUAAAUAAUUUUCUACGGAAAGUUUUCAAGUUGGAUUAAAAAGAUCUAAAGUAUUUUAUCUAAUGCAAUAGCAGGCUAAAAAAAUACAAAACUGAAAUAAAAUUAUUUCAAUUUUUUUUAAUCUGAGAUAUCUUAUACUACCCAUACUAGUUCUUAAAUGGAGGUGUAGGUAGCCUGGCCAUGGAUAACACUAUUCAAAAUUAAUUUAAAAUUUGAGUUUAAACUUCAGUGCAUCAUACCAUAUAUAGAAAAAGCGAGAUUUUUUAAUGUUAAUAUAUUAAAUAAUAUACAAAUAAAAUAAUCACAAUUAUUAUCAUAUAUACACAUAUAAACACAAAAAUUUAAAUUCAACAACAAAACUUUGGAUACCUUAUUUUGACCAUGCAUGUUAUUACAGAUAGAUAUGCCAUAUGUUGUACAUUUUGGAAACCCUAUAUAUUAUCAGUAGUUUUUUUUUUUUGCUACCUGGUCCCACCGUGGUGGUCCAGAUUAAAGAUCGAAGUGAACAUGGACCCGAGUGUCACCAGGUGGCUCACCGCGUAACGGUCUUCGGUCUCGGAUGCUGCAGCCCAUAUAUAAAUUCCGCAGUGGCCAAGGCUCGAACCCAGAGGCAGACACUCCAGCUGAAGCUCCUUUACCACUAGACCAAAGCAAGUUGGUUAUCAGUAGUUUUUUUCAGACUUGAAAAACAAUGGCAGGUUUUAGCUCGUUUUUUUCCCAAAUAAAUAACAAAAUGAUAGAAAAUGCCAAAUGUAGUGAAUUCACAUACCAAUAUCUAUAAGGAAAAAAUAUUAUAUAAGGAACAUAGAUUUUGAAAAAGGUAUAAAGAAUAUAUAUAACCUUUGAUAAGUGGAGGCUUCGAAAUCGAAUAUUAGGUUAAUGGACCCACUUGUUUCCUUCUCUAUAUAAAUCCCCGAAAUGAAAUCUCAUUCAACCCAUGCAGAUAAAACACACAACGACAAAUACAAAUCAUACGCUCAAGCUUGUGUCCGUCCAUCGAACAUACAUUUCUUCUUAUUAAUUAUUCACUUUGCCUUUGUUUCUCUUCUCACACACACAUAUACAUAUAUGGAUCAAGGGAGUCGUAGUGGUGGAGGAGGAGGAGGAGCCGAGCAAGGGAAGUUCCGGGGCGUAAGGAGACGGCCUUGGGGGAAAUAUGCAGCGGAAAUAAGAGAUUCAAGGAAGCACGGUGAGCGUGUGUGGCUAGGGACGUUUGAAACUGCAGAAGACGCGGCUCGAGCCUAUGACCGAGCAGCCUAUUCUAUGAGAGGCCAAGCCGCCAUUCUCAACUUCCCUCACGAGUAUAAUAUGGGAAGCGGAUCUUUAUCCAACUCUGCAGCUACUGCGGCAACCUCUUCCUCGUCGAGGCAAGUUUUUGAGUUUGAGUACUUGGACGACAGUGUUUUGGAUGAACUUCUCGAAUAUGGAGAGAACUAUAACAAGAUUAAUAAUAUUAACAUGGGUAACAGGCAAUAAAGGGAAUACAGUCGUAUUAGACUGAGAGUUAAGUGACAGACCAUUCCCAUUUAUAACGAAAAUAAUCCCAAGCAUGAUAAGUAUUAUAAGAAAUGUAUUAUUGGCAAGUUUAUUUGUCAAUCUAUUUCUAUACCGAAUAAGCCUCUUUAAGCGCCAGUCAUCUUGAUUUCUAGAACUUCAUGGUUCAAAUGGCCGGGUCCUUGUGUAAUUAGUUUUGAGAAUUAAUGUAAUACACCAUUUGAAAAUGAUGGAUAAAUGAAACAUCUUUUUAUGUUAUAUAUUGUGUAGUAAGCUAUAUAUGAUUUGAUAUAAUUGUAACUCCAUGUUAUAUACUUAUCUAAACGAGCGUAAAAAGUCUUGCAAACGCCAACUACUGAAAGAGAAAGCCAAGCAUUAAUUUUGAUAUCCAUAUAAUAUAAUUUUGUUUUCUAGUUCAGUACGUAUUCCUGUAUUUGAGUGAAAAAAAUGAUAACUAUUUCGUAUAGUUUUUGGUUCGAUGAAACUAUCUUACUAAAACCAGUUUUAACUUCAAAUAUAUUGUCAAACGAAAUUUCGACCAUACCGAUUUAUGAGUAAUUUUGUGUCCAUCACAAACGUACAAAUCUGAGAGGCAUAUUGUAACCGCACCUUCCAACACUCAAAAUAUGCG